GCUUUAGGGGGAAAACAGGGGAGAAAGGGAGGGAAAGGAACAAGAAGGAAGAGGAGGACUUUGGUCUGCCUCAUGUGUGGGAGGCGGCGCUUCUAGAGUUUGGAAGGACACACAACWAAGAAAAAAGGAAACAAGAAAGACUGCUAUGUUGUGGCUAAACAAGGAUUUGUAACAGUGUCACSUGGAGUCUGUUAAGAUCCUACAACUAACUUUUUCUUUUCUUUUUUCUUUUUUGAAGCUGAAACACAGCAGCAACCAUUAUCUGUUUUUUUGAUCAGCACACACUUGCUGAGAGUUUCUUCCGGGUGGCAGAAGAACCGAGAUGCCCACAAACUUCACUGUUGUGCCAGUGGAUGAUGGCAACAACAGCACUACAGCAGCUGAGGAGAGCAGACCUAUCAGUCUGAGCAAGAUCUUUAAGGACGGAGACAAUGUGGACAACUUACAGGAGUCUCACUCAGACGAUGACGGCCAGAAAGAGACCAGUCCCUUCAUCAACUCGGACAAUGAAAGAGAGCCCUCUUAUGAUGGCACCAACAUGGCCUUGUUUGAGGAGGAAAUGGACAGUACACCCAUGGUUUCCUCUCUCCUCAACAAGCUGGCCAACUACACCAACCUCACCCAGGGUGUUCGUGAGCACGAGGAGGCUGAAGACGGGGUCAGGAGGGUCGCUGUCAUGGUCCCCCAGAUGGGAACGUUCAUCGGAGUUUAUCUGCCGUGCAUGCAGAACAUCCUGGGUGUGAUUCUAUUUCUGCGGCUAACCUGGAUCGUUGGCACUGCGGGGAUCCUGGAGUCCUUCGCCAUCGUCUUCAUGUGUUGCGUUUGUACUUUACUUACAGCCAUAUCCAUGAGUGCCAUAGCAACCAAUGGAGUUGUACCAGCUGGUGGCUCUUAUUACAUGAUCUCCAGAUCAUUGGGUCCAGAGUUUGGCGGAGCGGUGGGUAUUUGUUUGUACCUGGGUACCACCUUUGCUGGAUCCCUGUACAUCCUGGGCACCAUAGAGAUCCUGCUGACGUACAUUGUUCCAAACGCAGCUAUUUUCAAAAACGACAGCAACGGGACACUCAACAACAUGCGAGUGUUAGGGACGUGCUGCCUGCUCCUGAUGGCGCUAGUGGUGUUUGUCGGGGUAAAAUACGUGAACAAAUUAGCUUUAGUGUUUCUCUCCUGUGUGAUUCUCUCCAUCAUGGCCACAUACGCAGGAGUCAUCCAUACUGUUAUUGGGCCAUCGGAAUUUAAAGUCUGCUUGUUGGGGAAUCGCUCUUUGAGGGUUGAAAAAUUCGAAACAUGCGCAAAGACGGAAGUAAUAAAUAACAACUCCGACACCACCGAUCUGUGGGGACUGUUCUGUCCCAACGCGACGUGCGACGACUACUUCAUUUUGAAUAAYGUGACAGAAAUUCCGGCCGUACCUGGGCUCCUGAGCGGAGUCAUUAAAGAAAACCUGUGGAGCAGCUACGGUCAAGCUGGGAGGCCCAUAGAGAAUAAUCAGCCUUCAGUACCUGCUUCGGUCCCAUYCAGCGACAAAGACUUCAACUACGUCCUCAAUGACAUUACCUCUUUUUUCACAUUGUUGGUGGGGAUUUACUUCCCUUCUGUCACGGGUAUUAUGGCCGGUUCUAACAGGUCUGGUGAUCUAAGAGACGCCCAGAGAUCCAUCCCAAUAGGAACCAUACUGGCUAUUCUCACCACAUCCUUCAUUUAUAUCUCCUUUGUGGUUUUGUUUGGAGCCUGUAUUGAAGGAGUGGUGCUGAGAGACAAGUUUGGCUACUCUGUUAAUAAUCCAGUCAUUGGUAUUCUGGCCUGGCCCUCACCUCUGGUUAUUGUGAUUGGUUCGUUUUUCUCUUGCUGUGGGGCUGGACUGCAGAGCUUGACUGGCGCCCCCCGUCUGUUACAGGCCAUUGCUCGGGAUGGCAUCAUCCCAUUCUUAGAAGUCUUUGGUCAUGGGAAAGCCAACGGUGAGCCCACCUGGGCCCUUCUGCUGACAGUUGGGAUCUGUGAGAUAGGAAUCCUCAUCGCCUCUGUGGACAACGUGGCCCCCAUCCUCUCCAUGUUUUUUCUCAUGUGUUACUUGUUCGUCAACUUGGCCUGCGCUGUGCAGACUUUGCUCCGAACUCCCAACUGGAGACCUCGCUUUAAGUUUUACCACUGCUGUUGGUGUUGUGUAAGCUGGACUCAAAGCUGAACGUGAAGCACCCUCGUCUCCUGACCUUCAGCUCCCAGCUCAAAGCAGGGAAGGGACUGACCAUCGUCUCUUCAGUCCUGGAGGGCACUUACAUGGACCGYAAGGAGGAUGCCAAAACCGGAGAGCAGAACUUGAAAGCAGCCUUGGCUGCAGAGCGGACCAAAGGUUUCUCCCAUGUGGUGGUCUCGUCCAGCCUGCGAGACGGUUUCUCCAUACUGAUCCAGGCUGCGGGGCUGGGAGGGAUGAAGCACAACACUGUACUGAUGGCCUGGCCAACAGGCUGCAGACAGGCUCAGGAUUCUUCUGCAAGGAGGAACUUCAUAGUGAGUGGGAGAAUCUCAACCACUCCAAUGUGCGGCGGAUGCACACAGCUGUGAAGUUGAAUGAAGUGGUGGUGAAGAAAUCUAAAGAUUCUGAGCUGGUCCUGCUCAACAUGCCAGGUCCACCUAAGAACAAGAAAGGAGACGAGAACUAUAUGGAGUUUCUGGAGGCUUUGAUGGAAGGCCUGGACCGUGUCCUGCUGGUUCGUGGAGGAGGUCGGGAGGUCAUYACUAUCUACUCUUAGCCACAAAACGUAUUUUUACUGAUCUCGUCUCCCAUGGGAGGAAAACUUGGUUGGAUGGUGGGAUCUCAGUGACGUGGGUUGGAGGUUCAGAGGGAGCACGAGGGGGGGCACUGACAGUUCCCAACAGUGUUAGGAGAAAAGAAAUAACUAAACCAUUGGAGCAAYGAUGCUGUGAAGGACAAGGCUCUGCCUGCACACAGCUCAGCGCACACUCUGUAAAAAAAAAACACUCUUACCUUUUCAGGCUUUUUUUUUUACCACAAUCAUUCCAGUUCAUACUGGAAUGGUUUUCAACAUGGUAUAGAUCUUCUGUGAUGAUUUUUUUGAAAGAACAUGAGCUGCUUGUUUUUGUGGCUGCCACUGAGCUGAUAGAUUUUAUGGAGAAACAACAACAAAAUAAACAGAAGUUAGUAUUUAUUUCGGUACCAGGUAUGAUAUUUUUGACUUUUUUUAUGGCCGUAUGUGUUUAGCAUACAAACAAUCCUACAGAAUUUAACCAACUUAAAACUAGUGAGUAUUUUAGUAAUCAUUAAUUGAGUUCUGUGAACAAAAAUAGACAUAUUGAUGGUUAGUUCAGUGAUUUUUUUUUUUUUAAUCUUUGGUCAAUGCUUUUUAAAUGUCUUYGUGGUUUCAGACAAGACAGUUGUGAGAAAAUGCAACAGAAACCGUUUUAGACUUUUAAAAAUUAAAGAACAUUAUUGUGUAAAGCAAUUGUGUGAAGUUAUUUUAUAAAAUACGCUAAUGCUGUACUCACUGGUACUGAUGUUAAUGAGGUAAACGGCUGUUUUUAAAUUACAUUUUCUUUUUUAUUUCUAACAUAGACACAUUUUUCUGUAAUUUGCCUAUUUUAGGUUUUUAAAAAUCUGCAUGUUCUUUGAUUAUUUUGCAGAGAACUAAGUUAAAAUUAAAAUAAAAGGGAACAUCAGAUUAAAAACACUGAAUAUGACGGCCUGAUUUUGUAGACUGACUGCGACACAGUCAUGGUAUUUUGCACAAUAWAGCUCAAAAGGUUUUAGACUAGUAUUUUAAUUUGUCUGACAGAUGACACACUCCAAAUGUCAUGCUGCAGAAUAAAAGCAUCAUAUCAGAUCUGGCUUUAGAGCUGCAAUUUCAUCAAAUAUUAUUUUAGCUGAUGUAUUUUUAUAAUUACCUGCCAAUACAGAUUCUGUAACCAUUAACAGUUUGUGAGUAAAAAAAAACUGAUCUACAUUUAAACCAGUUAGGUAUAGAAGUGCAGUAGUUAGUAUUUCUGGAGGGCAUGUGUCAUGAUGUUUGUUAUUAAUAAUAACAUUAAACCCUGACUGAAGCAGUUUUAUUACAAAUGUCCGGCUGUGACAUUUGAAAAAUAUUGCUGGAAAAAUUGUGAUGCACUUUUUGAACUUUCUUUUCAAACUGAUCAUUUCUUGUUUUUGUUUUUUCUUUUGUUUUUCAUCCAGCAGGAAUUUAUAAAAUUAUAUUUUUGAAAAGUUUAAUGUCAAGUGAAAUGUCCUGCUGUAUUUUUCUUUUACCUGACACUUGCAAAUGUUUUUGAUAUUUUCAUGUAAUCAUAUUUAUGUUUAUUAUCAUGAGGCAUCCAUGGCUUUUUGUGAUCUCUGAAUGCUCUCUGUCCAAAUAAAGACCUGCAGAAUGCUUUUAA